AUGGCACGCAAGUCGACAGAGACGCUUGACAAGAAAGAAGCGAAAGACCCAAGUUUUGGGGAUCUCAAAAGAAAACACGAAUCUACCCGAGGAUCUCGAAGAGCUGCUACCAAAAGCAAAUAUUUCCAGCCUGACUCUGAAGAUGACUCUGAAGUAGAGGAAGCCCCUGAAGAUGGAUCGUCUAGUGCUGUAGUGGAAUCUGGGGAUGACUCUGGUGAUGUCUCGUCAGAAGCAUUGUCAGAAGACGAACAGCGACCAAAGAAGCGUAAAGGACCUGCAUUUACAAAGGCGACCGAAACUGCUCCGAGCUCAGGCAGUAAAGGGAAAGAGCUUUGGCGUCAGGGCGUCAACACUGGACUUGCUCCUGGAACCCAAAUCAUCAUCAAGAAGCCAAAGCCUAGAACUCCUGGGAAAACUCCAUACUUGGACAUCACGAUCCAUCCCAAUACGAUGUUGUUCCUGAAGGAUCUCAAAGCGAACAAUGACCGAGAAUGGCUCAAGAUGUACGAUGCGGAUUAUCGCUCGAGCUUGAAAGACUGGAACUCGUUCGUAGAGUCCUUGACCGAGGAACUCACCAAGAUCGACGACACAGUUCCUGAACUUCCUCUCAAGGAUGUGGUCUUUCGCAUUUACAGAGACAUACGAUUCAGUAAAGAUCCUACACCCUACAAGCCAUAUUUCUCCGCCGCCUGGUUAGUUCAUCAUGCGAGCCGAACGGGCCGCAAAGGACCAUAUGCCGCCUACUAUGUUCAGAUUAGUCCGAACGAUAGUUUUGUUGGUGGAGGGUACUGGUCUCCGGACGCGAGAGCUCUGGCGGCCCUCCGCACCACCAUCGACAAGAACCCGCAACGGCUGAAGGACGUAUUGAUGAACGACAAGAUGCGAGCUGAGUUCCUCUCCGGCAGCUCGACGAAGACGGCCGUGAAGUCUUUCGUCAAGACAAACUCAGAGACUGCGCUGAAGACUAAGCCAAAGGGAUACGACGCUGGUCACACAGACAUCGAUCUUCUACGCCUCAGACGCUUUACAGUCGGUACCAAGUUGACUGACGCAGAAGUCCUCGACGCGCAAGUUUUGCGCCGAAUUGCGGAUCUGUUCUCGGCGUUGCACCCGUUUAUCGCUUGUUUGAACCGCAUCGUUCUUCCCGACCCCGGAGAGGAAGAGGAUGACGACGAGGAUGAUGAAGGCGGUGAUGAAGACGGAGAGGCCGAGGACGAACAGGACGGGGAGUCCGGGACAGAAGUCUCUGAUGCCUAG